AUGGCUGGGUUCGGGCGGAAGAAGCGUUUCCUCACAUGUUUCUACUGUGGGCGACGCACAUCCACCCAAUACGACGGUGGCAUCCGUCGAUUUGACUGCCCAAACUGCGAUGCGACGAACUAUCUCGACGAGAAUGGUGACAUCACCGAUCCACCGGUAGCGACCACGUCUAUCGAGCCCAAAGCCACGCAGUAUGCUACCUCUCGGCCUAACCCGUCACGGGCCAAAGACAACGCAGACAGCAUUUUCUGCGAUACUUGCCUGAAGAACCAACAUCUCUUCACUGCUUCCUUGGCCCAGUACCUCCCCGAAGACCCGGAUCAUCCCGAAUACGAAGAACUUGAACGGAAGUAUUACAAGUUUCGCAAAGGCCUGGAACGCAGAUAUCCCCAGGUUUGCGCCGACUGUGAGCCCAAAGUCCUCGGUCGAAUCACACAGGCAGGAUACACUGCGAAGACAGAUCAUCUGCGACGUAUGAUAGAUCGGAGUCGGGAAAAUCGCACAAAAGCAAGCCUCUCUGCGGUCAAUGUUGUGAGCUCAGCAGGCAGGUGGUUAUGGCUCGCAGGCCUCUGGCUGCAACUCCUAUGGCACCUGUCUCUUUGCUUAGAGCUAGUCGAGGACCCCGCCAACCUUCAGUCAUCACCGCUACCCUCGGUGCUCGAGAGUCACAAAUUCAUUCUGUCGCUCCUGCAUCUGCUCCCAUCUCCGGAAGACCUGCUCAGAUACUGCCUCUAUGCCAGCAUUCUGAGCUUCGCAUGGAACCCACAACUGUCCCAGACACUUCGGGGCUUCAGCAAGCAUAUCAAGGGUCUGUCGACUUGGUACAUUUACCAACUCAUGAUCACGGUUACUCGAAUCGCUUUCUCAAAAGCAGCGGCGCUGUUGAUGCGACAACAAAUAUCUGCCAUGGCCCAAAUCACAGCCCAUUGUGUCAUGGCAAUGUUCACCAUAUAUAUUUACGUUGUCGCUGGUCGCUCAGUCAAGAUCGACACGACGCCCCUUUUUGGAACAAGUCCCAAGAGACCCUCUUCCCCGCCACCGCCGCCCCGAUCUAAGUCCUUGCACACCUCUGCUCGCGAGGAGAGAAGCAUGUCAGACCUUCUCGACGAGAUCCUAGAAGCACCAUCCAAACCUGCAGAUUCUAUUGGAGAUAUGGCUCAUGCAAAGGGUGCCAUGAACGGUUAUUCCACUUUGAAUGUCAUCCAGAAUGCGCCGGGAAAUCCACAGGCAGCGUCCGACUUUCACCUUGGCUCUUUGAACAUCUCCGGACAAAGCUUUUCCUCGGGCAGAUCAGACCCUGUGCAAUAUUCCGAGGAAAUGGAUUGGACACCGACACAAUCCCGCCACCGAGCUUUUAACACAUCCGGUAGCAGUCAGUCCCCCUUGAAAAGCUUUGGCGACGCACCUGUUGAGUCAGAUCGUGCGCAGUUCUGGUACAAGAUACCUCCCGCACCAACUAGUAUGGCCCAGCGGAUCCUCAACCCUCCAAAUCAGCCACGAUUGCAUAGUCCGGUCAAUAAACAGGACCUCAAUUUUCGAGGCACAUCGGGGAUGUUCAAGCCAUCAGCCAAGACCGACAACACAGGCGUCGAGUCAGUGGAAUUCGCCCAACCCUCGUUGUUUCUCCCAGCGGCGACCGACGACCCUCGUGACCCGCUGUCCGACAUGUUCACGCAAAGCUUCUCGCUGAGCCAGAGCCAAGCAGAUGGAGCACACUUGAAGCGCGGGAAGCGAUCCACCCCUAAGAACACGGCUGUCUCGAGACAUAUUUCUUUCUGCGUGGCUGAGCUGGCAAUCCUUUCAGUGUGUUUACUCGGAUGGCUGUACAUCGGAGCGGCCGGACACCAGAUUUCCACCAGGGCUGCUCUGCUCAUUUUUGGCCUCUGCAUCGCGAUUUCGAUGGACGCAACGAAAGACUCGUUCUACGCCCUUAGGGCUACUAAAUCCUCAAUUUGGAUACCAGCUCUGGGUGUGAUUUUUGGGGCAGCAGAGCUGCUAUUGACCAGCCUGGUUGUGUUCCAGCUCUGGAGCACUGACUCCACUGCUGGCCACAUGAAUAUGGGUGGUUGGCUCAUUGCAGGCGUACCGGAUCAUGCCCAAACCGUCCCAGGAAAAGUCCAUGAUCCGCGUCAAUCCUCUGCGAGAUGCUAUGCAGGGGGAGCCCCUGAGGGCUCCGAUCACGCCAAGGACAUGCCCGGCGUCAGCGGGUUCUGCCGCACCGAUGGCCCAGACCGGUUCGUAUGCCAGAAGCACUUCGGCGUCCUCCGGCAAGGCUUUCAGAACGGCCUCUACUUGAACGGCGCACUCGCCGACAGCAACGGACACAUCGCCCCGCGUCCGCUCGCCAAUGCAAACAAGUGGUAUCAUGCCAUUCCUCACCACCGCGGCCGCUUUCCGAGCAGUAUCAGCAUCGGUCUCGCCAAAGAGCCGGCGGCGUUCGGCGUGACCCAGCUCAACGAUACGACAUCCGACUUCGGCCAGGACAGCGGGCGAGACUUCUCCUGUGAAGGCGCCUUGAUCUUCAAGGUGGGCAUCUUGGGCACCGACGAGGACUUUUGUCCCUGCAGUCUUGUCAACGACGGAACAGAGCGUGAUGAAGUCCGGGAUGAUGAAGAUGUCGAGUUUGUCCUGCAGCGAGGGCGACUUGGAGAGGAGGGCGAGGAUUUCGUCUACAUAUUGCCGCGUCCUCGCUGCUGA